ACAAACAUUAUCGUUUUUCACCUUUUUUCCCGUGAAAAUUUCCCGGGAAAAAAAUAGAGAAAAUAAUAAUAAAAAAAAACCAUUACACGGUACCAAGAAAAUCCCAACCAAACCAAUAACUUGCUUUUAUCGCUUUUCAAUUUCCUUGAAAGGAGAGUUUAUUAUUCUUGAUUGUUUUAGUCUUUCCGCUUGCCUGAGUUUAACCAACUGAUCAAAUUACAAGCUGUUCAUACAAGACAAACAUUAUCAUUUUUUACAUUUUUCCCGUGAAAAUUUCCGGGAAAAUACAGAGAAAAUAAUUGGAAAAAAAAACCUUUACACGAUCCCAAGAAAAUCCCAACCCAACCAAUAACUUGUUUUUAUCGCUUUUCAAUUUCCUUGAAAGGAGAGUUUAUUAUUCUUGAUUGUUGCUCUUUUCUUCUAGUCAAAAGUUUAGUCACUGAAAUCGAUCAAGGUUUUGGUUUUACGGUUUCAUCUGACAGAAACAAGGAAUAAGAUUUCAAUGGGUUGUUGAAGAUAUCUGGAGAAACUGAAAUUGUUAAAGAUAUCUGUUGCACUUUAUUAAGGUUUGUAACUGUCUUUGUGUAAUGGUGAAAAUGAACUCCAAGAUAGAGCAUGAUAAGAAUAAUGGUGCUGGUGAUUCUAACAAUGGUCAGUUGUUGCGUGACAUUGAGGAAAUAAGUAAAGCUCUUUACUUGCAUAAAACCUUAUCGAAGGCUUUGAUUUCCACAUCCAAUGCUAGAUCUAAAUCUGCUGGAAAAACCCAUCCUUUGGAAUCCAAAUCGACUCAGAACUCAAGAAACCUUUAUGAUGAUGUGAUGCAGAAGGAUAAGAAAUCAUCAUCAUUGUGGAAUUGGAAGAAGCCCCUGAAAGCAUUAACUCAUAUUAGGCAUCAUCGGUUUAAUAUUUGUUUUUUCCUCCAUGUGCAUUCUAUUGAAGGCUUGCCUUCCUAUUUAAAUGAGUUUAGCUUAUGUGUGCAUUGGAAGAGGAAGGGUGAGGUAUUGUCUACACGUGCAGCUAGGGUUGUCAAUGGAAUUGCUGAAUUUGAAGAGACGUUAAUGCAUAAAGGUUGUGUGUAUGGUAGUAGAAGUGGGCCUCAUAAUUCAGCAAAGUACGAAGUCAAGCUUUGCCUAAUCUACGCUUCUGUUAUUGGCGCUCUUGGGCAUGAUAUAGGAGAACAUUGGAUUGAUCUCACAAGGCUGUUACCGCUUACUUUGGAGGAUUUAGAAGGGGAGAAAGGCUUAGGUAAAUGGACAACAAGCUUUAAACUUUCUGGCAAGGCUAAGGGUGCUACUCUAAAUGUCAGUUUCAGUUUCUUGGUAAUUAGGGAAAAUUUAGUUGAAUCAAGUGGCAAUAUGAAUGCAUUGAAUUCUAUAAAUCUAACAGAGAAGGGGUCAAGUGCAAUGGGAUACAGUGGAGGUCUUCAUGCAAGCAAGGGGAAUGUGAUGCUUCAGCAUGGUGGGAUUGUUCCAAGUAACGUAAACCACGGGACUUAUCUGUCACCUCUGUCUGUUGAUAUAAAGUUCAGUACUGAAGUGUUGCCAAAUUUGGGACUGGAACUUUCCAAUUCAAUAAGUUUUUUAUAUCAGAAACUUAAUGAAGGGAACUUACACAGUGUAUCAGGCUUAGAUAAAUUGUUUGAACAUGUGGAGCCACUCAAACCUAAUUCUGAGUCUGCUAAAGGUGUAGAUGAGUAUGAAAACAUUGAGUUUUUUGUUGUUGAACAGGGUGUAGAAAUGUGUCAGAAAUAUCCGUCUAAACUUGAACAAAGUGCUAUUCAGACUAUUGAUGACUCUGCCAUUGAAACUAUCAAUGUGGAUGAGAUCCUUAAAGAUUGUGACACAGAUUUUGAUGAGGAAGCAGAACAUGUUUUAGAUUUCCACAGCUCCAGUAGUUGCAUGGAGGAGGUUGUGAUAGAUGACUGCAUACAAGAAAGGAGUAAUAUAUUUUCCAAACCAUUGACUGUGCCAGAGUCGGAGUCAGCUUUUAAUGACAUGUUGAUUACAGAAUCAUCAGUAUCAGAAUCUCCAUCUGCUUUGGACGAGUUUAUUGAGCAUGACAAGUUUAUGGAGAUUAAAUCACAUUACAAGGCUAGCAAAUUGACAAAUAAAUCACUAAGUUUAGAUCUCGUUGCGGACACUGUGGCAAGUGAUUUCUUAAAGAUGCUGGAAAUUGAACAUGGUCCAUUUAGCUUGAAUUCUGACAGUGCUCUUGAAUCUCCUAGAGAGCGUCUGUGGAGAGAGUUUGAAAAUGAAGCCCUAGCUUCCGGUGACUUCAUUCUAGAUUUUGAUGGAGGGGGAGUGGAGGAGGAAAUUGGUUCCACCACUCCUGGUGCAUGCUGUGGGGAUAGUUCUGAAGAUUUUUCUUUCUCUUCAGUUAUUCUGCCCAUCAAGGAGCAGAAGAUGGAAAGUCUGUCACUGAAAAACAGAGGGAAGGUAAAAAUGCUUGAAAACUUGGAGACUGAAGCUUUGAUGCGUGAGUGGGGCUUAGAUGAGAAGGCUUUUCAAAUUUCUCCAAGUGUUCAAACUGAUGGAUUUGGUAGUCCGAUUAUGCUUUCACCAGAACGAGGUGAAUUACCUCCACUAGGAGGGUUUGGACAUUUCAUCCCUACAAAGGACGGAGGUGUUCUACGAUCUAUGACUCCCUCAGUUUUUAGAAAUUGUAAAAAUGUUGGCCACUUGGUCAUGCAAGUAUCUAGAGCAGCUGUAUUUCCUGCAAGAUUGGGUACUGAUAUCAUGGAGAUAUCAAACCUGGCUUUACUCGGAAUUGAGAACCUGUCCUUAGAGGUUAACAAAUUAAUGCCUUUGGAGGAUAUUACUCGGAAAACAUUGCAACAAAUUGCACUGGUAGCCGAACCUAGAGCUGUUGUGCUAGAGGGGUGGGAUGAGUUGCAGCUAGAAUCAUUAUGUGAGCAGGACUCAUUUGAUCAGAGAAAGGAAGUUGGAGGAUUUCAAUUUUGCUGGACUUACGAUUCUCUGAGCUCAGGCCUCAUAGUUGGUGAGAUGGGCCCAGGCUGUGUAUCCCUAGAAAACCUUGUUCCAUCAGCCAUAAUUAGGAUAGAAGCCCUUGCAUUAGAGGGUUUGAGAAUUCAAUGUGAAAUGUCAGAUGAGGACGUACCUUCAAGCGUAAGUCCUUUGCCCUCUAGCAACAUUUCAUUUAUUACACGGAGGGAUUCAAAAUUUGGCAAGUUUCACAGUUUGGAGGGAGCAUCAGGUUCACAAUUUCUAGAUUUCAGAGAUGCUGUUGAUUAUGCUAAUAGAUUAAUGGGCCUUUCUAUAACUUUGGAUGAGUGGUUACGGCUGGACUCUGGAAUUAUUGGUGAUGGAGAUCAUAUUAGUGAACAGAAGAUCCAGAUACUUGAGGCUUAUCAAGCCAAGUGCAUCGAUUUGGUUAGUGGAAUAUCGACAAAACCUGUUAACUUGGGUAAAGCGUCUGGUAGGAAGCAUGGGUUGUUGGGAAACAACUUUACGCUAGCUGUCAUGGUGUUGCUUAGAGAUCCCCUUCGAAACUAUGAACCAGUUGGCAGUUCAAUGAUUGCUUUAAUUCAAGUAGAGAGGGUUUCUGUCCCACCAGAGCAAGGAAUCUAUAGCACACUGCCAGAAGGAGAUCUGGAAGAGAACCCUGAAUCAGAGGCGGAGGAAAAAGAGGGUACUCGAUUCUUCAAAAUCGCAGAGCUCCAUCUUGCAGGGUUAAAUACUGAGCCCAAUAAGUGGCAUCUUUGGGGCACCAAAGCACAGCAACAGUCUGGGAGCCGCUGGUUGCUUGCUAGUGGCAUGGCUAACUCGAAUAAUACUCCAUUUUCAAAGUCGAAGGCAAUUGUAAGAUUCUACCCACGAGUGAUGAGAAAGAAGGAGGCUGGGAAUGUUCUCUGGAGUCUAUCCUCUAAUGUUUUUGAAGCAGGAACUACUUGGAAAGAAUUGGCUGAUUUGGGUCCACAUUGUCGAAACCCUAAUGUCGCCUUUUCAAAUUAAGGUGUCAAAUUUGUUUUAGAUUGCAGUUUUUGACUACUUCCUAAGAGUAUACCUUUAAUUUGUAGGGUUAACAGUGUGUAGGCAUUUUUUUAUUCCUGUAUGUGUUACCCAACUCUCUGCAGCUAAAGUUUUCUAGAUUCUACAGCCCAAUAGGUAUCUAUUUUGCAGUUGCAUAUCCAUUUUACAUGUAAUCAGUUCAUGUCAAUUUGAUAAAUGAAGCAUAUAGCUAAACUUUUCUGCCUUUUCUACGCCUCUUGUUCUCUUGCUAUGGUUUGUUUAUGCAGUUAUAUGCUCACCACAGGUCUAUAAUAAUAUUGAUGAUUGUCUAAUUAGAGAUAUAAUAUCAAGUGGUCAAAGAACAGAUCCCGGAACCAGAUCCAAAGAAAGCAAGAGGAGGUUGUAAUUUUCUGGCCCAAGGUUUCUCUUUUAUUCUUUUUGCGUCCUAAUGUUGGAUAUCUGAGUAUACACAUCCCUUCCCUAUCAAAUUUCCAAAUUUACCGUAGGAUAGAAAGGUAGUGCAAAUGAUAGAUAUCCCUAGAGGCGCCUUUUAUUGGGUUUUAGAAUCGUCUGAUAUUCUAGAAUAUAACA